AUGUCAUCACCCCCACUUUCCCAAAUGCAAGAAGCUACAGCUGAAAGCCUACCAACAGAGCUUUGGACGCAGAUAUGCCACUCACGGUCCUCGUACCCUGACGGAGAGGUCUUCAUCAUUGACUUCAUCAGUCUUUUUAAUCUCCUUCUCACUAGUCGAACGAUACAUUGGAAGACUAGGGACGCCUUCCUCCAGCGCCACCUCGCAUCUUCCAAAUUCAGCCUAAUGCCGCAGAGUUUGGAAAUCCUCAAGGCCUUAUCAGAAGACGAGCAGCUGCGCACAUACGUACGAGAGCUGGAAUUUGGCCCAGAGGUUCUGAAUACGAAUCUGGAAGUGGACCUCCAAUACGUCAGGGAACAGUGGGAAGAGCCCUCUACCGGUUGUCCGCAUCCUGAGAGCUACAUCUACGUGGACUCUGCCCGACCAAUAUGGCCUAUGGUCAAGCUCCCGGAACCGCUAUGGAAAGGUAACACUAGCAGAGAUUCAGGGUCAGCAUUGGUUGUUCGAUGGAAUGAGCGAGAUGGUUAUAGUCGCUGGCUUCAAAAGCACGGAGGUACGCUAAGGAGAUUAAUUGACCACCAAGACCACUUCCGGGCAGGAACUGAAUGUAUUCGAGGGGCCAUCUCAAAGUUCCCGAUGCUGAACAGUAUCAAGAUUAAUCCUCGUCUAGUAGGUACUUCUUACGAGGAACGUUUUGCUAAGACCAUAAAACGGAGUAGGGGAACCAUGCCGCUCCUUCGCGAACUUGGAGCACAUGAGCUCAAACUAACGGCCGAUCCGGCUCCGUACGGUUCAAAGUCCAUCUUGGAAUUCAGUAUCGAUGGCCUUUUCUUCACCGAAUAUUACGCAGAGAUCAUUAUGCUUGAGAAUCUCUUCGAAAUCUUGAGUUCGGUUGAGUUGAGCAAGUUCACGAUUGACCUGACGGUCACUGCAACGAACCUUCUAUCCGAUGGCAAAAUCUUCGACACCAAUCAUCGCGCUUGGAUAGCAAUGGCUCCUCAGGUACGAAGUCUCACGCUCGACUUCGCAAUGAGUGGCAUCGAUCUCUACCAGUUUCUUCCGCUGUUGAUUUGGAUAGCGGAGUUGGUGUACUACACUAAUGGAGUUGAACACUUCUAUGGCCACAAUUUGCCCUUUGGGUAUUUUAUAUUACGAAGAAUUCUUGCGCAGUCUUCCUGGAUGAGCCUUCGAACGCUGCAUCUCUUCCAGUGUAGGAUCCAUGGUCGUGAUCUGCUCGGACUGUUUCUCCGUCACCGUUCAACUGUGGAGGAUGUGAGCUUCUCAAAUGUCGUAACUACUGGUAUGAGUGUAAUGCCCUGGAGGGACAUAAUUGCGGCCAUGAAAGACAUGGCUCAGCUUGCACGCGUCACGCUGGAUCGACUCGGACUGGAAGGUGUCAGCGACAUGUCCAGCAAUGCGUCAUACGUAUGCGCUCCUAAGUCAGCCACAUCUUGUUGUCUGAAGGCCAAAGGGCACCAGAACGUCCGCUCCAUGCUAGAUGUUGCGACGGAGCGUAUAAUACUUCUUCCAGGUCGGAAAUCCACAAUUUACGAAGUGCAUUUCCGGACGCUCUCAUGA